AUUAAACAUUAUUAUAAUUUAUUUUGUAUUUAAUACUUUAUUAUUAAUUAAUAAAAAAAAAAAAAUCACGUUUGAACAGGUUCCGUUUUUGAGAGUCAUCUUACACUCUCAGAAAAACGGUACAAAAGCUGUCACCCUGUUGACCUUAUUUACCCCUAAAGAUGCAUAUUAGUAUUUUAAAUGGUACACAGACUAUUAGUACCUUUUGAAAGAUGACAAGUUUUUUUUGGAUUUGGAAUCACCAGCAGAUUGUAGACUUCCCCUUGCUCCAAAAUCCCCAUUUAUUCCCUAUGUGAAAGUGAUGAUCAUUCAGCAUAUUCCUGAGUGGUAAAGCUCGGCUGCCUUGUCUGUGUGUUGUAGAGAAGAGCGACAGAUUGCUUUUGUGAGAUAAAGAUUUUGUGAAAGACCGAGGAGAAUCUGCUCCCCGCUGUGUGACAACAUAUCCUCUCAAAUAAUGGCUUAUCUCCAUUCCCAAAAAGAGGACUUUGUAAUGAUUAAUUGAUAAACUUUGCCUUAGAAAUGUAUCUCUAAUCCAGACACCUUUAGCAAGAAUUACAUCAACGCUCAUGCUCUCCCCUGCUGCUGAUACUGUCAUCAGAUCGGCUGGGAUGAAUUGAAUUAUUAACUCAUUAAAACUUAAUAAACUUCUCCUGUCAGUGAGCUGCUCCCCAUAACGAACCACAGGCUUAGCGCUGCCCCCUGAUGUUCCACCCAGACGCGUCCUCUGUCUUCAUUCUGACACUCACGCUGGCAGGCGAACAUUUGACGUGUUGCGUCGCGACAAACCUGACGGAGUUGAGAGUGAAACUGCGCACAGCCAAGGUUGAGAAAUGCUUCUGUUGUACAUGAAAGGUCAUUUGCAGUCACACUCCUUGAAAAACAGCGCAAAUGUGGGAGAAGAUUUUGUACCUGUAUUGAUAUUGAUUUGAAAGGAAAGCAUAGCCUGGCUCUUACUAAUUAGUGUUCGAAUGAGGCAACCUGUGCUAGUAAUACAGGGUUUGAGUCAUUUAGGCCAGUGUGAGGUGAAAUUGAUUUUUACAGAAUUUGCACCUCAAACUUUGUCUUAGUGAUUUUAACGAGUUCUGGCAUUUAAAUGCAUUAGGUACCUUUUUAAAUGUGAUUUGCAUUAGGUUUAUACAAAUAAAUAAGGAAAAUUGUUGUAAAAAUGCAUGGUAGAUUAUUAUUGACAUAGUGAAGCCACGUCUAAAUUAUACAUUAGAGGGAAACUAGGCACAAGGUUUAUUCCGUGCAUGCAGGUCAAUCUGUUGCUAUAUCGGUUAUGAGAGCACUCCAUGAUGGCUUGCCAGUUCACUGAAAAUUGUCUGCCCCAUUUUUCAGCUCAAGAUUAUGACCAUUUCUCUUUAUGGUCAUUUUAGAGCAAUAAUGGAAACAGAAGCUUUUAUUGUUCUGUUAUAUUAAUAAUUAAUUGAGAAUACGUGCAUGUAACCUUUCCACAUAUUGUGCCCUUUGAUAAUUAGGUUUUCAAACCAGUUACUACACUCAUGUAUCUUUCAUAACAACGAGCAACGCAUCCCCUUGAAGUAUGCAACAGUUUGCAUCAUGUCUAAGGGAGUAUUUAAAAUAUUAAAGAACAGCCUAGAAGUGAGAAACAUAAAGAGAUGUAUAUAAUAAGAGUUGCUGGGAUGUCGUAAAAUGUAAUUAUCCAUUCCAAAGCCGACUUCAGAUUUUACGAUGGAGACAUUAAUUUUUAAUUACAAGACUAAAUGACGGUAGUUUAGAUGCAGGUUUAAAUGAUGCAUUCUCAUACAAGAUAGAUACCUCAGAAAAUGUAAAAGCUCCCUUGCUGGUGAUUCUUAUCUGAGAGGCUGUCUGUUCGGUUUUUAUAUUGUCUGAAAUAAGGGGUGUAUUUCAACUCAUUUCACGUUGGUAGGAAAGUCAAUCAAUAGAUAAUAGUAGAUAAGAUAUAGGUAAAUUUUCAUAUAAAAUCCUUUUUAAUAUUGUGCCUUUUUCUGAUUUUAUAUUGUAUGCCUAUUUUAUUGUCUUACAGUUAAUAGUGUAUGCUCCCUUAUCUUCCCUAAUAACCUGGUGAUUUCACACAGACAUAAAACAUUUAGACAGAUGUGGUUAAAAUCAGUCUUCGUAUCUAGUCUAAAUGACACAUUUGUGAUCUGAGUUUGCUUUCCUCCAUUAUUGAUUUCGAUUGGCAAAGCAGGACUUGUGCCAAGGGAGCAUGGGGUUUCCAUGGUUAUGGCAUGUUUGGAGAUGUCUUUCUGAAAGCAGGUUUUGUGGUGUGUGUGUGUGUGUAUGAGAGACAGAGAAAGAGACGAUCGAUGCACCAUCAGCUAGAAUCAGCAGAGGUCUUGGACAGAGGAGGUGUUGGGAAAUUGGGAUGGAACAAAGGACAAGACAUGCAUGUGGUCAUGCUGUUCUCUCCGUUCUCUUGUGCUCUGGGGCUCUCCCUCCUGCCACUCCUCCUGUUUCAGUGCCCCGCCCACGCCUGCCCUGCCCGCUGCGAGUGCUCUGUGCCCACGCGUUCUGUGUCAUGCCAUCGCAGGCGGUUAGUGCAGGUGCCUGAAGGCAUCCCUAUAGAGACAAAGGCAUUGGACCUCAGUAAAAACCGGCUGCGCAUUGUGACGCCACAGAACUUCUCCUCACUGCUGUUGCUGGAGGAGCUGGACCUCAGCAACAACCUGUUGUCAUCUGUGGAACCUGGCAGCUUCCGUGCUCAGCCGCGGCUACGCUCGCUCCGACUGCGCAGCAAUCAGCUGACUCUGCUGCAGCGCGGAGCGCUGGCCGGCCUCAGCGAGCUCACUCUGCUGGAUGUCAGUCAAAACCGUCUUGUUAUUCUGCUGGACUAUGGUUUUGAGGAGCAGCGGAGGCUUCGGGUACUAGAGCUGAGUGAUAAUGAGCUAGUGUUUAUUGCCCCACGGGCCUUCAGCGGCCUGGCGUCCCUGCGCUCUCUAACGCUGCAGCGAUGCAACCUGAGCACAGUGCCCACACAUGCUCUUGCACAUCUGCACGGCCUAACCAGCCUGCGAUUGCGGGACUUAGGCAUCGCGGAGCUUCAGGCACACGCAUUUAAGGGUCUACCACGACUGAAACACCUUGAAGUGGACCGCUGGCCUUUGUUAGAAGGGUUUCCUACUUCCGCUUUGCAGGGGUUAAACCUCAGCACACUCUCCAUUACCCACACCAACUUGACGUCCGUGCCAGUGGUGACACAUCUGUUGUAUCUCACGCAUCUUAACCUGUCUUACAGCCGUAUACGUGUCCUGCCAGCAGGAUGGUUGAGGGGAAUGGACCGGCUGGAAGUUGUACGUGUGCGACAGUCUAACCUGCUCAGUGUGGAACCUCAAGCCUUUCAAGGAGCCUCCUCGCUGCGCCUUCUUGACCUUUGUUACAACCGUCUCUCCACGCUCGAGAGGAGUGUUUUUCCUGCUUCUGAGGCCCUGCAGACUCUUCUGAUUGGCCAGAACCCGUUAGUCUGUGACUGUCGUCUACGCUGGCUCUUGGAGAGGACUCCACCUUUGCUGUAUGGUGAUGUUCAACCUGAAUGUACUGCUCCUGCUCCCUUGGCUGGGAAGCCUCUUAGGAACCUGGUGGAACCUCAAAUCUCUCGCUAUGUCAUCUGCACCAAGCCCAGGGUUGUCUCAAUGGCAACUUACCCAGCACAGGCAGAAGAAGGACAGAGAGCUUGGCUAUACUGCAGUGCGGACGGGGCUCCACCACCUUCUGUGUCAUGGCUGACACCGCAUAGGCGGCACAUUACCACAAAGAGUACAGGAAGAAUAGUGGUUCAUACUAAUGGCUCCCUGGAGUUCCGCAUGGCAGAGCCUCAGGAUAGCGGAAUGUAUGUGUGCGUGGCAUCAAACCCAGCAGGGAAUGCCACUCUGUCCAUCACUGUUGCUGUUAAAAGCUCGGGAAUCAGGGAUAGAGCCCUUUAUGCCAACCGCAGCUUUCUGUUUGACUCCGACUACAACAGUUCCCUGAUUAAUGGCACAGAAGAGUACACCAUCAGGGUGGUACUGGACUUCACCACCAUACUGGUCUCCACAGCAAUGGGCUGCCUCAGCUUCCUGGGUGUCGUCUUGUUCUGUUUCUUGUUGUUAUUUGCAUGGAGCCGUGGAAAAGGGAAGCACAGAGGUAGCGUGGACAUUCAGUACCUCCCACGAAAACGGAAAGGCGCAAACUCAGAACUUACAGAAACAAGUGGGCCCAGACGAGUCAACAUGAAGAUGAUCUAAACUUUUUAUAUGGCCGAGGAUUUCACGGGUUGCAUGGUUGUGUAUGCGUGUCUGUUGGACUUUGUGAGUCUUUGGGUAUAUGUGUUGCAAAAGAUGCAAAGGAUGUAUUUAAUCAUGAGAGUUAACGUGGUAUCCCAAUGAAAAAAAGAAAGAAAAUGAAAAAUGCCAAACCAUAUAAUGCGCGUCUUUUGCGAUGCUCCAUUUUUGGAAAGCAUUAUUUGGACAGUGCAGACGUGAUUAAGUUCAAGUUGUUGUAUAUAUUUCAUAUUUGUGGGAAAGAAUGGUAUAUUUCUAUAUAUAUAAAUAUAUGAAUAUAUCUAUUUACAGAUACAUUACAAUUACCUUUCAAAACGCUGCAAAAACUCAAGUUGUCUUCCCCAAUAAGCAAAGUAUCUACUGGAAAAAGCCUCGGCGGUGCUGUGUUGUGAAGUGUUUGGUUUUGCUCAGAAUUCCUGUUCUCCUGGGACAUCCACUUCUUAGCAGAACCUCCGGGGGAACCGGAGAGUUUCCUGCCAUUUUGUUGUAAAGAUGUUAAAAUGCAAGAAGCCGUUUGACAUGGUGGGUUCCAGGGGCUGUAUUUGUGACUCAGUGGAAGUCUGUGGAACUUUGUGAAAAUGUUCUUUACUUUUCUUAUGUUCUGUCAAAUGCUGCUCAAAUGUUUUUACAUACUAAAUAUCUGGUUAUAUUUUCCAAAGAAAAUAAAUGUAAAUCGUACAGCUUGAUAAGUGUUACUGUCAUCUCAAAUUGUAUUCUUGCCCAUCUGAAGUGUUACCUGUGGCACAAAACACACUAAAUAGAUAUGAACCUACACCAUGUUAGCCUUACUGCUUUCGGUUAGGGUUGCCACCCGUCCCUUAAAAUAUGGAAUCGACCCAUAUUUAAAGGUAUAAUGAUCCAUCCCGUAUCAAAUCAAUACGGAACGCGAUUUGUCCCGUAUUUUACAAAGGGGCAAAGGCAACACAUUUGAAUGAACAAAUAAGUAUUUUGCACUGUUUAUAAUACUAAUAGCAAUUAUAAUGAAAUCAAUUUCAUAAAAAGUAUUACAGAAGAUCAUAUGCGCGUGAUUUUGGUGUCUUUAUUUUCCUAGCGAUGGAGUCUCCAGAACGCACGCUGUUAAAGCCCUUUCACACGAGCCCAGUAUGCAGUAAACCUGCGCAGUUUAAAACAUCUAGAGCUCACAUCUGCCCUUUGAACACAAGAGACUCUCCAGAUGUAGGGCUGAAUGGGAAAGUUAUCAAUGUGUCUGUCCAAUAACUAAUUAUGAACUCGCAGUUUCUGUUCCCCAAUGACUCUGAUAGUAUUUUUUCUCUUCUGUGGAAGUUACUGAGGACCAGCAGAUGUUUAGUUACCCACAUUCUUCAAAGCAUCUUCGUUUGUGUUCAACAGAAGAAAGAACUUUAUGCAGGUUUAGAACAACCUGUGCAAAUUAUGACAUA